AUUCAUGGAUUGUUGAUUUCUCCAUCUUUCUGUGUGUGUGUGUGUGUGUGUAUGAAAAAUUCGAAUUCGAAUAUAUCCGGGAUCAGUCUAUUUUUAUCCAUCCAUCACACACACACACACAUGUUCAAAUCAUCAUUUCGAACAUUUUGAUUGCAACAACAACAACACCCUUCCUAUUUUUGGAUUCUUUACUAAACAUUGUGAAAAAACCAGCGUGGUAAUCAUCAUCGGAUCAACGAACAUUUGAACCAAACAUGUCAAAGAAUUCAAAUUCAUAUACAGUGGAUAAAGAGAAUGGUGGUGAAAAAAAGAUUCCAUAUCCAAAAUCCAUUCUAUUCAUUAUUGGUAAUGAAUUUUGUGAACGUUUCUCUUUUUAUGGAAUGCGAACAAUUUUGGUUCUUUAUUUCAAAUAUGUAUUAUUAUUCAAUGAAGAUUUAGCCACACAAAUUUAUCAUAUAUUUGUUAUGGUCUGUUAUUUUACACCAGUUUUUGGUGCUAUAAUUGCUGAUUCAUAUUUGGGAAAAUAUUGGACCAUUUUGAGUAUUUCUUGUAUAUAUGCAGCUGGUAAUAUUAUUAUAUCUGGUGCAUCCAUUGGUGGUACCGUGUGGAUAUCAUUUAUUGGAUUGGCAUUGAUUGCAAUUGGUACCGGUGGCAUAAAACCAUGUGUUUCAGCAUUUGGUGGCGAUCAAUUUAAACCAGGACAAGAACGACAAUUGCAACAAUUUUUUUCAUUAUUCUAUAUUGCUAUCAAUUCGGGCAGUUUAAUUUCAACAUUUUUAACACCAGUUCUACGUCAAAAUGUCUCAUGUUUAGGUCGAUCCGAUUGUUAUCCAUUAGCAUUCGGAGUUCCAGCCAUAUUGAUGGUUGUUGCUUUGAUAUUGUUUAUAUUGGGAAAAUUUAUAACUGGUUAUACUAUUAAUCCACCGGAAAAAAAUAAUAUUGUAUUUCGUGUUUUUAGCUGUAUUGGGCGAGCAUUUUAUCGACGAUUUUUUUCAUCAUCAAAUUCAACGAAAAAAGAACAUUGGAUCGAUUAUGCUGAUGAUAAAUAUGAUAAUAAAACACGUAAAGAUGUAAAAGCAUUGCUUCGUAUACUAUUCUUGUAUAUACCAUUACCUGUAUUUUGGGCAUUGUUUGAUCAACAAGCAUCUCGAUGGACAUUACAAGCAAUUCGUAUGAACGGACAACUUGGUGAACAUUUCACCAUAAAACCAGAUCAAAUUCAAGCCAUUAAUCCAUUUUUGGUCAUAUUUUUCGUACCAAUUUUCGAUUAUCUUAUCUAUCCAAUGAUGAACAAAAUUGGUCUUUAUACCCCAUUGAAACGAAUAGUUAUCGGUGGUCUAUUAGCAUCAUUAUCAUUUGGUGUUUGUGGUUUUUUCCAGCUAUCAAUAGAAGCUGAAGCACCUGUUUCAAUGAUGCCUGGUCAUAAUCAUUUAGCCAUCGUUAAUAAUAUGCCCAAAAAUUUGACCAUUCUCUCAAACAUUACACUAAUGCCAAAUGAAAUCAAAGUUCUAGACAAUAUUGAACGAUCAUCAUUGGAAUCAGAAUUUGGUCCAAUCACGAAUUUCACGGAUGAUGAAACAUUAGUUCUUUAUUAUACCACCGUUGAAACACCAUUGAAAUUCGUAUGGGAAAAUAUAUUAGUCAAACCAGAUACAAGCGGCGCUAAAUUGUUCACUAUAUUUGAUUUGAAAAAUUUCAAUGAAACUCUUGAUAAAUUCGCCAUCGACGGUCAUAAAGAUGGAUUGGUUACAAAUAUUGUACAGCACAAUAUUGACACUGGUAGAACAAUUGGCUAUUUAAAUCCAUUCGAAGUGGAUAUUAUUGGUGAAGAUAUUGUCUUAAUGAUUGGUGAAAAUAAACGCAUGACAUAUCCAAUGAUGGGACAAGGUGCUACAUAUAUCCAAGUAAUCAUUGGUGAUCUAAAUACUGAACCAGAAUCACGAUUAUCUCGGAUCGUUGAUGAGAAUAAAUUAUCAAUAUUUUUACAAUUGAUUCAAUAUCUUAUAAUGACAGCUGCAGAAAUUUUAUUCUCCAUUACUGGAUUGGAAUUUUCCUAUUCACAAGCACCAAAAUCAAUGAAAUCUGUACUACAAGCAGCAUGGCUGAUGACCGUUGCAUUUGGAAAUCUUAUUGUUGCCCUUAUAACAUUGGUAAAAUUCAAAAAACAAUCACAUGAAUUUUUCCUAUUUUUUGGUCUUAUGUUUAUUGAUGCAUUGAUAUUUGCUGUAAUGGCCUAUUUUUAUAUACCAUAUCAAAGUGAUAAUGAUAAUGACAAUGAUUGCUAUGAUAGUGAUGAACAAUCUAGUGAUCGACAACAAUUAGACAUGAUUGAUGGUGGUUCAUCAUCAUCGACAACAUCAACACGUCCAUCAACAGAAAAUUUAUCAAUGAAACAAAUUCAAUCAAAUAACAAAACAACAACAACAACAACAACAAUGGCUACAAAAAUAGAUUGAAUUAAUUUGUAAUCAAUUUUAUUUCAUCAUUUGUUCGUUUUACAUUUAUUACAUUCAUUCAUUUCAAUCAACGAAA